GGAAUCAUCCAAAAGCCCGUCCACAGUGCUCUGUCCCACCUGGGCUUCCACAAGCUCACUCCAGUUCAAGAGAAGUCAAUACACCCAGUCUUGACAAAAGAUGCCGAUUUCAUAACGAAGGCAAAGACCGGAACCGGGAAGACACUGGCAUUCGGUAUACCCUUGAUUGAAAAGGCAUUGAGAAUCGGUAACUCAAGAGACCAAAGGGUCGUGGGCAUCGUCGUUGCACCAACUAGGGACUUGGCCUUCCAGAUCAGAGAUGAGCUGAACAAGAUUGUCCGUUAUAAGGAGAUGGUCCGGCACACGAAGAACCUGUUGAGCGUGCAAACAGUGGUUGGUGGUGAAAGUAGAUGGAAACAAGUGCGUGCGUUCACCUCAAGAGACCCCCAUCCUUCUAUCGUGGUUUCAACACCUGGAAGAUUGUUAGAUCUUCUGAAAGAACCUGAAGUGUUGGGUGCAUUUGGCCAUAUCAAGGCAUUGGUGCUGGAUGAAGCUGAUCGACUGUUAGGUGAGGGUUUCAAGGAGGACCUUGUUGAGAUCUCUGAUACUCUGAAGGACAACCUGGUUGAUGACAAGCAUCAGUUCAAGACUAUGCUAUACUCUGCCACGUGGGACAAGGAUGUCCAGGAGUUCUCAAAGCGUAUUCUGAGACCUGAGUUCCACUACAUCGACACUGUGGAUCCCAAUGCAGCUGAUACCCAUGAAAAGAUCAACCAGUCGUUGAUAUUGACAAAUGACAUCUUUGAAUCGUACACCUCUGCCAUCACAUUCAUCGAGAGUGAAGCCAAAGCCAACAGAAAGUUCAAGGGCAUUGUGUUCCUGCCAACGGUGAAAGCUGUGAGCUACUUCUACGAGCUGCUGUACACCAGAUUCAAAUUCCAAAAGAUCCGGAGCCCAGUGAACCAGCUCCAUGGUCAAUUGGCGCAGGCAUCAAGAGAUAGAGCAGUUAGGGAAUUCCGUAAAGGCUUCAAUGGUGUUCUUGUCUGUUCCGACGUUGGUGCUCGUGGUAUGGACUUCCCAAACGUCACGAAUGUUGUACAGAUUGGACUACCAAUGGACGAGACUAACUACGUCCACAGGGUCGGAAGAACCGCAAGAGGUGGUAAGGAUGGCUCUGCGGUGAUGAUCUUGUCUGAUGCCGAGUCCAAGUUCUUGAGGGUGUUGAAGAAGAGAAACAUCAACAUUGUCUCCAAGUUCGAGUAUGAAAAGGACGAAGAGCUGGAGAGUGAGAUUGCCAACGUUUCCAAGGCUGCAAGACACAAGUAUUCCCUGGAUCUCGUCAUUGAGUCCCUCGCUGGCUUCUCCAAGGGUAUCUCAAACGUCUAUCGACUCAACAUGUAUGAUAUUUUGGAGGAUUAUACCACUGCUUAUGGGAAGUUCUUCCAGGAUGCUGACAAGAAGCCACAUGUCACUGCUAGUUUUGCUCAGAGAGUU